AUGUCCGUCGACAUCUCCAGACUCGCCCUCAACGGCAAAUCAGAGGACGCCGCCUCCGUCGGCUCCGCCUCCGGCGCCUCCGUCGCCUCCUUCAAAAACGACUACAUCGACACCCCCUUCUCUGGCAAACAAGACCAGUUCGACCAAGUCCUCGAUAUCUUGGACCUGACCGGUUUCAUCCCAGAAUCCCUUAUCGAAUCUGAAGCAAAGUGGUUCUACAACUGCUUGGGCAUUGACGAUGUCUACUUUGCCAAGGAAACCCCAAAGGGCAUUGCUUCCCAUAUCCAUUCGCUUUAUUCGUGUAAAGUGCAAGCUUUUGCCUCUGACAUCAAGGUCAGCGAACAGCCCUUGAUUCGGUAUAAACGGGAAGGCGCUGGCCACUCUGUGUUCUUUGACACGCUGUUCUACGGUGCUGGGUUUGAUAAGCGCCGGUUUGACGAUGUCAUUGACGAGAAGUACAUUGACCUGAGCUACGGCAGCGACGCGUACCGGUUGGAGUACUUUCUGGCGCCACUCAAUUACUCGCUGGACCCGAUUUUGGCUGGUGUGGCUGAAAAGUAUGCUGCCAAUGCUGAGCUGGCGGAGAUUUUCGCUAAACAGCAGGUGAAGUGUCACUUUGUGUAUAAAACCAAGUAUGCUUCUGAAACGGCUGACCCGAACGAAACGGAUAUCGAAAAAAUCAGCGACGAAACGUUCUGGAAAAUCGCUUCCGAACGCACCAAAACCCUCUACCAGGAUGUCAUCAAGAAGGUUGUUUCGUCCACUGGCCCCGUCAUCCAGCACUUCCCCAUUGAAGAGUCUGAAGAGUACAGAGUCGUGAUUGGCUACCGCCAGAAGACCUCCCCUUCGUACAAUUCGGCCUUGCUGGACCUCGCUGACUACUAUAAACUCUCCACCACCAGAAAGUACGUGGAACAGUUCUCCAACGGCGUGACCAUCAUCUCCAUGUACAUCAAGGCGACUGUGGCUGGCAACAAGAAGACGCCUAUUGAUCUUCUGAUUUACCAGGUGAUCAAGGAGGCUUCGUUGUUGUACUGUAUCCCCCACAACUACUUCCACGACUUGUUCAUCAAGAACGAUUUGUCUUUACAGGAGGCUAUCUACUCCCAGUGUGGUGUUAUCUUUGUUACCCACUUUUUGAACCGUUUGGGGCCAGAAUACACCAAGUUGCUGCAGUUGCUUGACCCGCUGAAACUGAUACAACACGCUGAAGUGUUGAACUCCUUGAAGAAGCGUUUGAGAUCUGAAACAUACACUCAAGAUUACAUCAAGGAAGUGUUUUCCACCAGAAAAGAGAUCAUCCGGAAAUUGUACCGCCAGUUUGCCGACGUCCACUACAUCAGACUGUCGAUGGAAAAGACGUUAUCGUACCAGCGUCUUUCCCAGAUCACUCCAGUGGGCACCGAAGAAGAAUUCAACCACUUGUUGAGCAGAGAAUGUGGCCAGAACGAGCACCACGCUGUGGUUUUGCGUGCUCUCUUUAUGUUCAACCAGCUGAUCCUCAAGACCAACUUCUACACGUCCACCAAGGUUGCCAUUUCCUUCAGAUUGGACCCUUCGUUCUUGCCGCAGUCUGAGUACCCAGAAACGCCAUACGGCAUGUUUUUCAUUGUCGGGUCCGACUUUAGAGGCUUCCACAUUAGAUUUAGAGAUAUCUCCAGAGGUGGUAUUCGUGUGGUGAGGUCGAGAUCUGUUGAUGCGUACCAUGUCAACGUUCGUAACUUGUUUGACGAGAACUACAACUUGGCUGCCACCCAGCAGAAGAAAAACAAGGAUAUCCCUGAAGGCGGGUCCAAGGGAGUCAUUUUGCUCGACCCUGGUUUGGCCCAGGACACGCCCAAGGCGUCGUUUGAGAAGUACAUUGACGCUAUGAUUGACCUUUUGCUCAAACAGCACAUUCCAGGCGCCAAGGAGCCGUUUGUGGAUCUCUACAACAAGCCAGAGAUUCUCUUUUGCGGUCCUGACGAAGGUACUGCUCCGUAUGUGGACUGGGCUGCUCUCCACGCUCGUUCCAGAGGUGCUCCAUGGUGGAAAUCCUUCUUUACCGGCAAGUCUCAGCAGAUUGGAGGCAUUCCCCAUGAUGAAUACGGUAUGACGUCGCUUUCCGUCAGAUCGUACGUCAACAAGAUCUACGAAAAGCUUGAUAUCGACAAUGCCACCAUCAGAAAGGUCCAGACUGGCGGUCCAGACGGUGACUUGGGCUCCAACGAGAUUAAGCUUUCCAGAGACGAGAAGUACGUGGGUAUUGUGGACGGUUCUGGUGUCAUUGCUGACCCUAACGGGUUGGAUAAGCAGGAACUCUUGCGUUUGGCUUCUGAGAGAAAGAUGAUUGAGCACUACGACCGUUCCAAGCUUUCCAAGACCGGGUUCAUUGUUCUGGUGGACGAAAACGAUGUCCAGCUUCCAGAUGGAACUGUGGUUGACUCUGGAAUCACGUUUAGAAACACGUUCCACGUGAAAAUCCAGGAAAUCUAUGGCACUUCCGGCGUCGACUUGUUUGUGCCUUGUGGAGGCCGUCCAGCUGCCAUUGACACCGAUAACGUCAAGGCAUUGAUUGACCAAAAGACUGGCAAGAGCGUUAUUCCUUACUUUGUGGAAGGCGCCAACCUUUUCAUUACCCAGUCAGCCAAGCUUAUUUUGGAAAACGCCGGCUGUGUCAUUUUCAAGGACGCUUCCACCAACAAGGGCGGUGUCACUUCGUCGUCUUUGGAGGUUCUUGCUGCUCUUUCCUUUGACGAUAAGGGAUUCUUGGAGAAUAUGUGCAUUGACGGUUCUGGAGUCAAGCCAGAAUUCUACGAAGCCUACGUCAAGGAAGUCCAGCGCAAGAUUGUGGAUAACGCCCAGAUGGAGUUUGAGGCUUUGUGGAAGUUGAACGGUGAAUCUGGCCAGCCAAUCACCGAAUUGUCUGAUAAGCUCUCUCAGGCUAUCAACAAGCUUGGAGAUGAAUUGGCCAACUCCCAGGAAUUGUGGAACGACGAUGUGGAGUUUAGAAACGCCGUUUUGGUUGACUCGCUUCCUCCUUUGUUGCUUAAGGAGAUUGGCAUGCCUGCUAUUUUGGAGAGAGUGCCUGAGUCUUACUUGAAGGCGUUGUUUGCUACUCGUUUGGCUUCGAGGUUUGUGUACUCCAGGGGCAUUGAUUCGAAUCCGGCCAAGUUUUUGGAGUUUAUUUCUUCGAUUAGGAAGGAGUAUAGGGAGAAGCAGCUUUUGUAA